AGAUAACCCCGCAUCGUCAGCCAUGGCCAACAGGGUCACCGUCGCAAGCGUCAUCGCCGCGGUGGGCAUCGUCGCCGUGAUCGGCACCAUGGCCACGGUGACCAGCGCCGACGACAACGAUGGCAACAUGCUCUCCAGCGUGAAGGUCUCCACGGUGUGCGCCUUCACGCGGUACCCGGAGAAGUGCGAGCAGAGCCUCAAGCAUGUCGUGAGCGACACCUCCAGCCCGGAGGACGUCUUCCGGGACGCGCUCAACGUGGCGCUGGACGAGGUCUCCACCGCCUUCCAGCGGUCCGCGCACAUUGGCAAGGACGCCCAGGACAAACUCAGCAGGAACGCCAUGGACGUGUGCAAGAAGCUCCUGGACGACGCCACCGAGGACCUCAGGGCCCUGGCACGGGUCAAGCCCGCGGACGUGGUGCGCCACGUCAAGGACCUCCGGGUCUGGGUCUCCGGUAUCAUGACCUACGUCUACACCUGCGCCGACGGGUUCGAGAAGCCCGAGCUCAAGGAGGCCAUGGACAAGGUGCUGCAGAACUCCACCGAGCUCAGCAGCAACGCGCUCGCUAUCCUCACCCGCCUCGGCGAUCUCAUGCCGGGGAAAGCCAAAGAUCUGCAGGCCACCCUGGCGGGUGCUGUGGGGCACGACCGCCGGCUUCUUGGCUGGCAGAUAGGCGAUGCCGAGGAGGUGACCAGCGGCGGCCGCGGGCUUCUGGACGAGAUCGUGGGCGUGGCAAACGCAAACCGGAAGCUCCUGUCGGAUACGCUGGACGAGAUCACCGGCAUGUCCCACGGCGCAAACGGCCGGCGCUUGCUUAGCUCCUUGGGGUCUCGGAUUUCCAGCGCCCAGGGAGACGACGUCCUCGCCCGCCACCAGCUGCUGGGCGUGUCGCCCGACGACGAGACCGAUAACGCUGCCCGGCGCAACCUUUUGUCCACCGAGCUCGAGAGCAUCGCCAGCACGUCCGCCGAGGCAAACCGCCAGCUUCUCGCGGCGGAGGAGCUCCCCGACGAGCUCGCCGGUAAGCGAGAGCUGCUGUCCCGGACGCUCAUGGGGAUCGACGAGGCGGCCACCGAGGCCAAGCGCCAGCUUGAUGAGGCGACGACGGAGAACACCAUGUCCGGCGACCACAGGGUACUGACCACGGGCCUCAUCGGCACGUUCGAUGAGAUCCAAGACGGGCGCAGCGGGGUGCCGCCCAGCGACUUCCCCAAGUGGCUGCCGGCCACCCAGCGGAGGCUCCUGCAGCAGACCCAGAAGCCUAACACGGUGGUCGCCCAGGACGGGAGCGGCGACUUCAAGACCAUCACCGAGGCCAUCACCGCCGUGCCCAACACCUUCGAGGGGCGCUUCGUCAUCUACGUGAAGGCCGGCACGUAUAAGGAGUACGUCACCGUUCCCAAGAACAUGGCCAACAUCUUCAUGUACGGCGACGGGCCGACACAGACGGUGGUCACCGGCGACAAGAGCAACGCAGGCGGCUUCGCCACCUUCGCCUCAGCCACCUUCUCUGCUGAGGGCAACGGGUUCAUCUGCAAGUCGAUGGGGUUCGUCAACACGGCGGGGCCGGAGGGGCACCAGGCGGUGGCGAUGCACGUGCAGGGCGACAAGUCGGUGUUCUACAACUGCCGGUUCGAGGGGUACCAGGACACGCUGUACGUGCACGCCAACCGGCAGUUCUUCCGCGACUGCGAGGUGCUGGGCACCGUGGACUUCAUCUUCGGCAACUCGGCGGCGCUGUUCCAGAACUGCCUCAUGACGGUGCGCAAGCCCGGGGACAGCCAGUCCAACAUGGUGACGGCGCAAGGGCGGACGGACCCCAACAUGCCCACGGGCAUCGUGCUCCAGGGCUGCCGCAUCGUGCCGGAGCAGGCGCUCUUCCCCGACCGCCUCCAGAUCGCCACCUACCUCGGCCGGCCGUGGAAGGAGUACGCGAGGACGGUGGUGAUGGAGAGCACCAUCGGCGACCUCAUCAGGCCGGAAGGGUGGGCGGAGUGGAUGGGCGACCUCGGCCUCAAGACGCUCUACUACGCCGAGUACGCCAACACCGGCCCGGGCGCCGGCACCAGCAAGAGGGUCAACUGGCCAGGCUACCACGUCAUCGGACAGGCCGACGCCACGCCAUUCACCGCCGGCGCCUUCAUCGACGGCGCGUCAUGGCUGCAGAGCACCGGCACGCCCAACGUCAUGGGAUUCACCAAAGGGUAAUGAUCGGGGGAUUGCAGUAUGCGUGCGAUGAUGAUACGCGCGCGUGUCUUCAUGCAUGCAACAUGCUUUUGGGUUUAUCUGGAAACUGCUAGCAUUUUUGUGCGCAUAUAUAUAUAGCUGGAAGCUCCUGUGCACGCAUGCACGG